CGCUGUCAGCUAUCUGGAUGGGCGCGGCCUGCCACCGGCAGAAGCUACCCCGUUACAAGAUGUGAGUGACGGUGACAGCGGGCUCUUGGAGUUCCUACAGGGAAGUGACAGUCGCGGCCCUAGAUUCAGCACUUACAGGGUUAUCGAGGGGCGACAGGGGACAGGUAGCCGGCGGGUCACAGCCAGGGCAGGGUUCUAGCCGUUCCAGCAUGGAAGCCACCUGUGUAGUAGUUUAACUCUAUAGGUUCUUGUGGGUUCUGUAUAUAUCAUUAUUCUACCCCCCCCCAGGAAGUGUUAGUACCUGUAGGGCUGACACACACGUGUUAUUGUCCCAUUUCCUGUAGUGGAGCCAGCAUUGGCAUUGUAUAUAUUAUACAUAUAUUGAUAUAGACCUGUAGAGAUGUUGCAUUUGCAUUAAGGGCAAGAUAAACUUUAAUGUCUUUGUAGCAACCAGAUCCAAGCAUUAAUAGCUCAAUAGGAACUAUACAGGAUGUGUAUUGUUAUAUAUACAGAUAAUUGUGUUGUCUGAACCAGGUAGUGGUGGUAGGGCAGGUAAAUAUAUAGAUAUAAAUACACUUUGGGUAACAGGCAAACACUGUCCAAUCAUGAUUCAGGUUUGCCCAUCCCCUGUCACCCGCUCUGCUGUGUUGAAACGCGUGGUGGCGCUGGCACUGGCAGCCUAUGGGGCCCGGAGGAUUUACCCACUGUUGAGGCACCUCUGCCUCCAGCUACAAAAGCAUCCCAAGGCUAAUGGGCUACCGGGAAGCACAGAGGCAUCAUCAUCAUCUUCUUCUCUAAAUUCAUAUGAGCGAACUUCGGUAAACAGAGCCUUUUUCCGCAGGUUGGUCCGCCUCUUGCGUCUGCUGUUCCCUAAGCUGGCAUGCAAAGAAUUUGGGCUGUUGAUAUUACAUUCGGCUGCCCUCAUCUCUAGGACGUUUCUUUCAGUGUAUGUGGCCCAAUUGGAUGGGCGUUUGACCAGGGCUAUUGUAAAGAAACGACCGGCCAGUUUUGUGUGGCAGCUUCUCAAGUGGCUUCUCAUUGCUCUUCCAGCAACCUUCAUCAACAGUGCCAUUCGCUACCUUGAGGGCCAGCUGAGCUUGGCUUUCCGUACCCGUUUGGUUGCCCAUGCUUAUCAGUUAUAUUUUGGCCAACAAACCUAUUAUAGAGUCAGUAACAUGGAUGGACGACUACGCAAUCCUGACCAGUCACUGACGGAGGAUGUAGUGGCCUUUGCCAACUCAGUGGCCCAUUUGUACUCUAACUUGACGAAGCCUGUGCUGGAUGUGGUGGUGACAACAUACACGUUGCUCAGUACAGCCAAGUCGAAGGGAGCUAACACGGCCUGGCCAUCUACUAUCGCUGGACUUGUCGUCAUCAUCACAGCUAAAGUGCUCAGAAGCUGUUCUCCAAAGUUCGGCAAGCUGGUAGCCGAGGAGGCCCGCCGGAAAGGAGAGCUUCGCUAUAUGCAUUCAAGGGUGGUUGCCAAUUCAGAAGAGAUAGCUUUUUAUGGGGGCCACAAGGUAGAAAUGUCCCUCCUGAGGAAAUGCUAUGAAGAUCUGUCCUCGCAGAUAAACAUUAUCCUUCUGGAGCGACUGUGGUAUGUGAUGCUGGAACAGUUUCUAAUGAAGUAUGUCUGGAGUGCAUCAGGUUUGGUGAUGGUCGCUGUGCCCAUCAUUACAGCUACAGGCUAUGCUGACAGCGAUUCAGAGGAGGUGAAAAAAGCUGCCAUGGAGAUGAAAGAAGAGGAACUGGUGAGCGAGAGAGCCGAAGCCUUUACCACAGCUAGAAACCUGCUGACGGCAUCUGCUGACGCCAUUGAGAGAGUCAUGUCGUCCUACAAAGAGGUGACUGAGCUAGCUGGAUACACGGCAAGGGUGCACGACAUGUUCGAGGUAUUUGAAGACGUGCAGAAAGGCAUCUACAAACGGCCCGGAGAGCUGGAAGAAGCUGAGUCCAAGAACAGGGGCGUCAUUCAACAUGGAAUUCGUAUGGAAGGGCCACUCGAGAUCAAAGGGAAAGUUGUGGAUGUGGAAAAUGGGAUCAUAUGUGAGAAUAUCCCAAUCGUCACUCCUACAGGAGAUGUGGUUGUAGAGCGUCUAAAUAUUCAGGUAGAGGAAGGAAUGCAUCUUCUGAUCACCGGACCCAACGGCUGUGGAAAAAGCUCUCUGUUCAGGAUUUUGGGUGGUCUCUGGCCUGCGUACAAAGGUGUCUUGUAUAAACCCCCUCCACAGCAUAUGUUCUAUAUUCCACAAAGGCCAUACAUGUCGGUGGGAACGCUGCGGGAUCAGGUUAUUUACCCAGACACAGCUGAGGACAUGAGGCGGAAAAGCUUUACUGACAAAAACCUGGAGGCCAUUCUUAACAUAGUAAAUCUGAUUUAUUUGGUGCAAAGAGAAGGAGGCUGGGACUCCGUCAGCGACUGGAAGGAUGUGCUGUCCGGCGGGGAGAAGCAGAGAGUCGGCAUGGCUCGCAUGUUUUAUCACAAGCCCAAAUAUGCCCUUCUGGAUGAAUGCACGAGUGCAGUGAGCAUAGAUGUAGAAGGAAAGAUCUUCCAGGCUGCAAAGGAUGCUGGAAUAGCUCUGCUGUCAAUCACUCACAGGCCUUCCCUUUGGAAGUACCACACCCAUCUGCUGCAGUUCGACGGCGAAGGCGGCUGGAAAUUUGAGAAACUGGACACAGCAGCCCGUCUCUCGCUCACGGAGGAGAAGCAGCGGCUGGAACAGCAGCUGGCAGGAGUUCCCAAGAUGCAACAGCGACUGGGCGAACUCUGCCAGCUCCUGGGGGAGGAUACCGAAGUGGCUGACACGGAAGGAAAUGUUGACUCUGAACAGGAUGAGUAAGGACACCGCUCACUUACAGAGUUAGUGGGUUACACUGUUGAGCCCGCUUUUUAGUGGGUACAACCGAUAACCCAUUAGCUGUAGUGAAAUCACACCUUAAAGGAGGCUGUAGGGUUCAGUGUAUAAUGCUGACUCCAUAAUAGUGCCACUGUGAUGUGAGAACCCGUAUAGAAGAAGUAAAUACAUGCACUUUUUUGCCCAGUGUGACUUCUGCUGACUGAAUGUGUUCUUGCUGUUGCUGGGUCAUCGCUGUGUGGGCAGCCAUCUCCUCAUGAUUGUGGCACACCUUAGGUAUUAGCCCAGCUAAUGUGAAAGAACUGCUCUUGCCAUGUGUACAGGUCCCUCUGUGACACUUACACAGCUGCUUUGCUGCAGGUAAAGGGUAGUAACCAGGUCCAGACAGGGAUUCAAAAUAGACCCUGGCAUUCCAAGUAGACAGAGGCCCAAACAGCCCCCACUAGCCCAAUAAAUAGUGACUGUCUAUGGCAUCUUACAGCAGCCCCCAGCCUGAAUUCACAGGUUGCCAGUCUAGCCAUGGUCAUGACCCUCUCACUGCCAAGGCCAGCUUCCCUUCCAUAAAGCUCUUGGAUGAUCCAGAUGGGCAGUAGCAGAUCUAGUGUUGCUCAUGCACAUAUAGAGUACUGGUUUCAUUUAUAUUCCAGGAACAUCACAUAAAAAUUCACCUUCUGUUCUGAUUAGUCAGGUGAUAUAUAUAUAUAUAUAUAAGUCCAAAAUGGGGAGCACACCAUCAAAAAUGCAAUACCUAGGUGCCAGAGCUAAAAAUUAGACAAGUAGAGAAAUGUCGGCACUCACAGGAUUUCCACAUAGGGACAAACAAAAUGAUAUGGCUUUUAAAUGCAAACGGUGAAGUUUAUUCUUACCAACGUCAGGGAAACGAAAGUCCGAUAUAAAUAUAUAGAAAAACAAUGUAAAUAUGUGAAAAAUGCUGAUGCACACCAGGAAGAUUUCAUCAAAAAAAGAUACUUAUUUUGGUCCUCACCCGGGACGUUUAUCAAGAUGAUAAAGGUCCUGGGUGAGGACCGAAACAUUGAUCUAAAUUUACAUAUAUAUAAAUAUGAACACAUGGUUUUAUUCACACAAUUACAGCUAUGCCUGAGGCUGCUGCCAUACUGAUUGUCUCGACUGUUUGAUUGAUUGUUCCAUAGACCAUAUGUACAUAUUUCUUUCUUCCCUGGAGCUCUGUACCCACACACAGCAAAAAAGCUGCCAACUUGGCUAGUAGCUGAGUUAUCACAUAGCAAAACCCAUGUUGACUACAGUAUGAUAUGUAGCUGAGAGCUUUAAAUCUGAUAUGUCACCUUUGUGUCAUUCCCAAAAUGAUGUGCAAAAUGAAUUACCUGCAACACACCUUUCAUGCUUACAGGCAAAUAAAUAUGAUUUUAUUCCUGGCAGCUGGAUUGGGUUUAGUAUGCUAGCACGGCUGCUGAUUUCCAUGCCCUGAAGCAACAUACAAGAGAGUGGGACUUUUGCAGGAAGCAAAUAAGGUAGAACGUGGGGCACCGACAGGUUCACAGCAGCCCAAACAGACCCCCCACAGGACCACAAAUAGUGACUGUCUGUGGCAUCUUACAGCAGCCCCUACAUCCAGCUUGGGCCUGCCUAUGGUACCCACCCACUACAGCAUAGUGGGCUAGUGUUCUGUAUUGUGUGUGCGCCAGUUCCUCAGGGGGAAAUUUGUUACCUGGUUACAUCCUUCUACUUACUCUAAUGUAUGCACUGUGGUUUCCAAGAGGGUGGCAAUUAUUAAUUUCUAAUUUUCAAAGUCUGUGGGUAACUGCAUGCAUUUCAGGAACAAGGGCACCCCCCAGCUGCUGUUAAUAACUCCCAGAAUUCUAUUCCCUAUGCCUGAAAUGUGCACAAACCAACUAACAAACAACAUUACCCUGGUCCCGUCUGUCAGUAAGCUAAACUUUGCAAUUCUAGCCAUUUCUACCUUAAAUUGAGUACAAGUACAGGUAUGGGACCUGUUAUCCAGAAUGCUUGGAUAAGGAUUAAUUAUAUAUUAGCUGGGAUCAGGUGCAAGGUACUGUUUCAUUAUUUAAUAGAAGAAAAUAAUUUUUUAAAUUUUAAUUAUUUGAUUAAAAUGGAGCAGAAGAUGGCCUUUCUGUAAUUUGGAGAUUUCAGGCCUGGGCUCAGGUUUAUAAUGGCCCUGGCAUUUCAACUACAAAGAGGCCCAAACAGCCCCCCACCAGCCAAAUAAACAGUGACUGUCUAUGGCAUUUUACAGCAGCCCCUCUGGCAUUUGCCAGAACCCACAGAUUUCCAGGCCUGCCCCAGUGUCACCAUAUUAAAUAAAGAAUUAUAUAUAGCUAUAUAUUAAAAGAAAAAGGCAAUUUUAGCCCCAUCUCUCAUUUCUUUUACUCUUCAUAAGGGAGGAAUAAGUUUCUCAGCUGUAGAAGGCAAGUAGAAACCUGUUUCCGUAUGUAGAAAGUUCUAACUCUUGUCUUUGCAGGCAGAGAAUUAAUAAGCCUUUGUAUAAAUCAUUUCUCUGCCAAAAAAAAUGGGAGCAGAAGGGGAGUUUGCUUUAUUUUCUGAAAGUAACACAAAGGCUUCUUUGAUGAGCUGCAUCAGGGUUAUAUCGGAAUAUACAGGGGAAAUCAUUUAUUGUCAUCCAGGCUAUAUAUUGUCUAUAUAAAUAUAGACAAUAUUGGAGAAAUACACCCCAGGCUGGGCUGAGAGUGCGACCCUGUAAUGUCCUUGCUGAUGCUGUUGAAAGACUCAUGGUGAUUGGAUUCACCCCCAAAUAUCAUGGCUUUCUUAUUAACACCAGCCUAUGGGGAAUACUGCAGGGUCUUCUCUGUAACAUUUAGGGGCAUAUUUAUUAUAGUGUUAAGCCAACAUCACCAGUGAUGUUGCCCAUAGCAACCUCUUUGCUUUUGUCUUUUUUAACUUGUGACCGUUCUGAUUGGUUGCUUUGGGCAAUAGCACUGCUGAUGUUGGCCUACACACUAUAAUAAAUAUGCCCCUUAAUGUUGAGUAAAAUGAUCAAUUUGCCAAAGCAGAUGUUAGUAACUAGAAUAUGAGAUCCAAAGGGCUGGCUGACUGAGCAAGCAGAAUAAUAUAGAUGAAAGGACAGUGCUCCCUGUACUUCUAGCAGAAAUAAAUGGAGUGAUUACCAGUGGGUAAAUCAGCACAGAAACGGCAAUGAAAAGUGGAUCAGUAAAUGAAAAGAAUCCUUUCCAGCAACACAUGCAUUAUGUACUCUUUAUACGUCUAUAGAUUGGCAGCAGGGAAUAUUUGUUUUCUUUUGUGUAAUUAGUGAGCUGUGCUGCCUGACCAAAUAUCAGGGCAGGGGGCCAUUCUGACUAAUCAUCCUGUGACCCAGUCAGAUAGCAGAUGAUGGGACAUAUUUCAAAGUGUAUCUGCCAAUGACCCAUGUGGGCAAGUACAGCCAUAGCUCCGCUUCACUCAUUAUUCAAGUUGUUGACCAGCAAUAUAGGAAGCUGUCCAUACUAUGUAUAUGGACACUCAUACAGUAUAGAUCCUAUCAGCACACAGAUAACAAAGAGUAUACACUAGACUAGAAUAUGGCCACCUACAGGGUAAUGACACAAAGGGUGCAGGAAAUUAUAAUCUCCCCUUGGAUGACAAAGCACCCAAAAUAUCUCUCUGUGGCAGUGAAUGGGAAUCAGCCCGUGUGUCACCAAUCUGAGUGACUAAGGAUUACAUAUUGGUUUCAGUUAGAUAUGGUGAUGAUAAUAUUUCUGCCACAGUGGGCACAAGCAUUCCAUUCCUGUUAGGAACACAGUGGUUUAGAUAAGGCAUACUGUAGGUGAUUGCAGGCCAGUUGGAGAGCUAGGUAGAUAGUUGUUAGCAAAACCUGAAAAGUUGCAGAUAGAUUAACCUUAGGGUUUUGGCCGGCAGACCGUGUCAUAUUACAUAACAGUGUUGUUGUUGACACCCAGGUAAUAUACACCACUCGCUGCCUACAUUUCUCAGAUUUCACCCACAGGCCCCAUACAGGUGUGGCUGCAGGCAGGCAGCUUUUGUGUUUGUGUUAAAACAUUCAUAGAGAACCAGAUGCCAUUCCUACAUACAAUGCUGGAACACUUUUGAGUCUAGUAUCAUUAUAUGUGCAGCAGCAUCAAACAUUGACACAUUCUAAGACAUUACCCAGCCUGCAAUUUUAUUUCAGAAGUAAGAACCAGCACUGCAGAAAUGCACCAAUACAGCUUUCCAUUGCAGUUGUACUUACAAAUAAUGUUAAAGGGCAAAGAAAACUUGACUUUUGCAUAGGCUUAGACUUGUGUGUGUGUGCCAUAGACUGCGAUAAAAUGCAGCCUUUUGGGAAGGGGUUAAGUCCAACAAUUGAUCACUUAGAGGCCCAACUCACAAACAAAGGGCUUCUUUAUCACUCAAACUCACAUCCUACCCUAAAUCCUUAUAGCUACGACAAUUGCAUGCUUCUAUGUAAGUUCACAAGGAAGAAGAAAUCCUGACUGAUCCACUAUUUCAAUAUACAGCAUAUAUAUUAUAUAUAAUGUGCGUAUGCACAACUGAUAUCUUUCCCCAAGGCUUUAGGGUGGUUAAAUAAUGCUGUUAAUACACACCAUUUGUGCUAUGAAAAAUGCAAUCUGUUAGCUCUUUUUGUCUUCUUUACUAGCUAUUUUUAUGUUUUUUAUUGUUAUACUAUAAGAAAAAGAGCAGGGUUGGGUUACCUGCUGCCUUGCCAGACAAGGAAAUAGGUUACAGAGCAUUGCCCAUUGCCUUUUUUCAGAGCUUGCUCAUGAAGUGCUUUAGACAGCAACUGAAAUGGCGUCAUAGAAAGCGGUUGACCCAGAAAAUCAGCAUAUUCUCCACCACUGUUUUUAUGAGGUAGAAAAGCCCUUGAACCUGAGAGUGCAGCCUUCCAUUUGCAUUAAUGGAAUCCACCUCCCUUUAAAGGCCAGACUUAGGUUUGGCCUUGUCCACUGGCUGAAAACCAAGAGUUAAUAACCCCUUAUCCCUUGAGCUGUUAGUUUUGCAUUUCAAGAUGAAAUAUCCUGUAUCAGAGUUAAGAGGGGGGCAUCCCAUAUCUGCUACUGCCCAUGAAACCAUAAUGUCUGGCUCAAUACCCUCCUCCCUGAGAGAGGGUUUCACCAUUGGACCUGUGGCCAGAUCUCCAGCAUAUCAUGCUUUGUAAUAACCGACUAUGCAAUGUAAUUUUUGUCAGCAGUGUAAGCCAAUCAUAAAAUGUGCCUUAUCGUGGUUUUAAAGACCAAAUGUCUCUGAUAGUGGAAUAUAAAUAAAUAUUUACAUUUCAAAUUCA